AUGUCCGAUCAGAUGGCUGCUUACUCAACUCCAUUGAGGAAAUCUAUAAAAUGGUACAAGAAGUAUGCAAUCAACCUUCUCCUGAACACAGCAGUGGUCAAUGCACUGGUCUUGUAUCAAAGCGUCAUUGGAAAGAAAAUACAAAUGGCAGACUUCCGGCUGGAAUUACUGAAGUCGUUUUGCAGCCAACAAGAUGUUCCAAUUGCAAGACCUAGAAGAAUGAUACACAAACUGCAACAAAAAGAAAGGCAAGCCAGGACAAGCCGGCGAGCAUGUGUGAAUUGUUACAAAAUUAACGCAGCUACUUACGGCAGAAAGUUGGCUAAAAACAAGACUAAAAAGGUGUUUUGUCCACAAUGCCCGGAGAAGCCUUUUCUUUGCAUAUCUUGCUUCAAUGUGCUUCAUCAUUGA